AAGACCCAGUGAACAUGAUCAGUCAUCGUUGUAUAUUUCCCUUUCGGAAUUCCUGUGUCGAACAAGAAGAUGUAAAAUCUUCGAAAAUCUUCUUUUUCCUAUGUAUGAUUGUCUUUGUCUUCUUUCUGUAGAAGACAUCUAACAUACUAAACGAAAGCUUGUUGUACUGGGAAAGAUAGCAAAAUGGAGGUACAUGAAGCGCCAGCGGACCCGAAGGUUGCGCAUCCGAACGGCGUGGCACGGAAACGUAAUCCUCAAGAUGAGUCCCGUGACCAAGAACUUCUAGCAGAAGAAGAGUUGCAAAAUGAGACUAACAAGAAGCAGAAAAGGGAGCCUGAUCGUGACAACUUGAUUUUUUUGGACUUGGAAUUUUCUUGCGGUUUCUAUGACUGGGCCAAUCGAGUAGAGACUGAAGCGAACAACCCUCCACGGAUUCUAGAAGCUGCUGUGGUCAUCACCGAUAAGGAUCUGAACGAGCUGGCCCGCGGUGCUUGGCAGGUAGGGGGGUUCACGCGUGAGUAUCUGGAGAACCUGUCAGAAUUUCAUCAGCAAAAUUUCCGAGAUGGAGCCCCCUCAUCUUACGCAACUGGGGAAGCGGGCUCAGAACUUCCAGAUGAAAAUAGAGCACGACGGCACGGUACAGAUAAAAAAGAAACUACAAAACUGGCAGUGGAUGGAGGUGAGAAUUCGAAACGAAGAAGGUUGGAUGCUCAAGAAGGAAAGAAGGCACAGCAAGAACUACUGGUUGGUCUCUUUCCACCACUGGAAGGACACGAAGGAGGCAACGGGCUUUUCACAGACAUGAUGACGAAAGGGAAGCCUCGGGCGGAGGUUGAGCGUGCGCUUCUAUCAUUACUGGAGGAACACUGCCCAUUCCAAGCGUGUCCGAUCGCGGGGAUGAGCGUCCAAUGCGAUCGAGAAAUACUGAAGACAGAAAUGCCUGACGUAAUUGAAGUUUUUUUACAAAAAUUCGUUGAAAACGUCCCACCUGGCACCUGCUAUGUAUCUAGUAGCCACAUUUUGCCACUCCAUGCAUUCUUUCCGAAACACCUCACAGGUCUAUCGCCAUUUAUCUCACCGAAUUUGGGAUGUAAGUACGGUAGUACAGGGAGUCCUAGGGCAUUGGUGGCCUGAAAUGCGUGAGAGGUGGCGCGAGGACCAACAAGCGCACGCCGAUUACAAUCACCGGGCUUUGAACGACUGCGAAGCUGCAGUUGUCUCUGCGAGAUGGAUCCGCAAAAACUUUACGCCUUUGCCGCGAGCUGCUUCCUCCAUCUCCUUUUUCGAUUCGUCCUCCAGCUCCAAAAAAUCGUCAGUUUUCGUAGCGUCAUCGGAAUAUGGGGUGGAGUCAUCGGAUUAUGGGGUGGAGUCAUCUCCAGAAGUUCAGGAGUUGAACGGCGCUACUGGUGCCCAGCGAUAG